AUGGCUGACCGUCGACCCCGUCAAUGGGACCGUCACGACCGUCACGACAACCGGUACAACGAUAAUCGCAGCGGUGGCAGAGGCAGAGAGAGAGACUAUCGACGCGACAACAACCGAUAUCGCGAGAGGGAACACUCGCGAGACGUCGGACGCGACAGCAGGGACCGAUCGCGCUCUCCAGAUCGACGACGCGGUUCGGGGGGCGGCCGGGAUAGAGGUUCUGGUGGUCCCCGCGGACGGUACGACGACAGGGACAAGGACUUUCGUCGUGAUAGGAGGGGAAAGGAUGAUGACGAGCGAGACAAACGAACCGAUCGACUACGAGAUCAAAACAUACCACUACAUCCCAAGGACAAGCGCGAUUCUAGACCCAGAGACCCGCCGCCCAGGGACGAUAAACCCAAGGACGAUCAAUCCAGAGACGUAAAAUCCAGGGAUGACAGCCUUGAGGAUACGGUUAGGAGAGGAGAUGAUGAUGGAGACGAAAUGGAGGGACAAGAAGAUGACGACAUGGCAGCCAUGCAGGCCGUGAUGGGCUUCGGCGGCUUCGGCACCACAAAGAACAAAAAGGUGUCUGGUAACAACGUCGGGGCCGUGCACAAGGAGAAGAAGACAGAGUACAGGCAGUACAUGAAUCGGCAGGGAGGAUUCAACAGGCCGCUCAGUCCAUCAAGGUGA